UGUUGAAGCCCAAUCAAGCAGGAGAGACCAGCCUCCCCUGUUCUCAGCUGUGUGUCUAUGAAGAGUGACCUGUCUAUGAAUCCUCCUAUAUCCUUUAGAGAGGGAGACUUUUCUACUGAACAAAGAAACCAACAGGCAGGAUCAGAGUCAGAGAUUCUCAGUGGUCAGUCUUCCCAGAGUCAUCAAACAGACCUGGCCUCCAUAUUCAGUAUGCUUGAAGAUAAAAUUAUGACAUUUGUGAAGAACGAGCUGAAGAUGUUCAAGAGGAUUCUUAGUCCAGAACUCCCAGAAGGCUUUGAGAGUCAGAAACAGGAUAAGGAAGUGGUGGAUGCUGAAGAUGAGCAGCAGGAGAGCAGUGCCAGAGAGGGGGCUCUGAAGAUCACACUGCACAUCCUGAGGAAAAUGAACCAGAAGGAGCUUGCUGACACACUGGAGAAAUAUUCAGAUGAUCCUGCUGUGAUUUGCCAACGUGAACUCAAAUCUAAUCUAAAGAAGAAGUUUCAAUGUGUAUUUGAGGGGAUCACUAAACAAGGAAACCCAACACUUCUCAAUAAGAUCUACACAGAGCUCUACAUCACAGAGGGUGGAACAGGAGAGGUCAAUAAGGAACAUGAGCUGAGACAGAUUGAGACAACAACCAGGAAACAAGCAAGACCAGAGACUGCAAUCAAAUGUAACGACAUCUUCACACCCUUAACUGGACAAGACAAACCUAUCAGAACUGUGCUGACAAAGGGAGUCGCUGGCAUUGGAAAAACAGUCUCUGUGCAGAAGUUCAUUCUGGACUGGGCUGAAGGAAAAGCAAAUCAGGAUGUCCAAUUUGUAUUUUCAUUCCCUUUUCGGGAGCUGAAUUUGAUGAAAGAGGACAAACACACUUUAAUUGAACUUCUUAAUCACUUCUCAAUGGAAACCAAAGUUUCAAGAAUCUCCAACUACAACAAGUACAAAGUUCUGUUCAUCUUUGAUGGUCUGGAUGAGUGCCGACUGCCCCUAGACUUCCAGAAGAACAAGAUCUGUUGGGACGUCACAGAGUCAACCUCAGUGGAUGUUCUGCUAACAAAUCUCAUCAAGGGAAAUCUGCUUCCCUCUGCUCUCCUCUGGAUAACUACCCGACCUGCAGCAGCCAAUAAGAUCCCUUCAGGGUGUGUUGACCAGGUGACAGAGGUACGAGGCUUCAAUGACCCACAGAAGGAGGAGUACUUCAGGAAGAGAUUCAGUGAUGAGGACAUGGCCAGCAGAAUCAUCUCACACAUAAAGACAUCAAGGAGCCUCCACAUCAUGUGCCACAUUCCAGUCUUCUGUUGGAUUUCUGCAACAGUCCUUGAACACAUGCUGAAACAUAAGAGAGAAGAGAUGCCCAAGACUCUGACUGAGAUGUACACACACCUUGUGGUGUUUCAUACCAAACAGAAGAAUGAAAAGUAUCUUGGGAAAGAAGAGACAGAUCCACACUGGAAUAAAGAGAGCAUUCUGUCACUGGGAAAACUGGCUUUUCAACAGCUUGUGAAGGGCAAUCUGAUUUUCUAUGAAAAAGACCUGAAAGAAGCUGGCAUUGAUGUUAAUGAAGCCUCAGUGUACUCAGGAUUGUGCACACAGCUCUUUAAAGAGGAAUGUGGGCUGUACCAGGACAAGGUGUACUGCUUUGUUCAUCUGAGCAUUCAGGAGUUUCUGGCUUCUGUAUAUGUGUUCCUCUCAUUCAUCAACAACAAUGAGAAUCUAAUGGACAAACUGCAAACAACGUCCAGGAAUCUUUCUGUGAGGAAAAGACACAAGCGUAAAGUUACUGUCUACAAGAGUGCUGUGGAUAAAGCCUUACAAAGUGAGACGGGAAACCUGGACCUUUUCCUCCGCUUCCUUCUGGGCCUCUCACUGGAGUCCAAUCAGAAGCACUUACGAGGUCUACUGACAAAGACAAGAAGCAGCUCAAAGACCCAUGAAGAAACAGUCAAGUACAUCAAGAAGAAGAUCAGGGAGAAUCCCUCUCCAGAGAGGAGCAUCAAUCUGUUCCACUGUCUGAAUGAACUGAAUGACCAUUCUCUAGUGGAGGAGAUCCAAAGCUACCUGAGAUCAGGAAGUCUCUCAAAACCCAAACUGUCACCUGCACAGUGGUCAGCUCUGGUCUUUGUGUUGCUAACUUCAGAAAAGGAGCUGGAUGUGUUUGACCUGAAGAAAUACUCCAGAUCAGAGGAAGGUCUUCUGAGGCUGCUGCCAGUGGUUAAAGCCUCCAGAGCUGUUCUGCUGUCAGACUGUGGAGUCACAGAGGAAGGCUGUGCUUCUCUGGUCUCAGCUCUGAGGUCAAACCCCUCACACCUGAGAGAGCUGGAUCUGAGUAACAAUGACCUGAAGGAUUCAGGAGUGGAGCUGCUCUCUGCUGGACUGGGGAAUCCCCACUGUAAACUGGAGACUCUGAGGCUGUCAGGCUGUCUAGUCACAGAGGAAGGCUGUGCUUCUCUGGUCUCAGCUCUGAAGUCAAACCCCUCACACCUGAGAGAGCUGGACCUGAGCUACAAUCACCCAGGAGACUCAGGAGUCAGACUGCUCUCUGCUGGACUGGAGGAUCCACACUGCAGACUGGAGAAACUCAAUGUGGAACAUGGUGGAGAGAACAUAAUGAAAUCUGGGCUUAGAAAAUAUGUCUGUGAUCUCACACUGGACCUAAACACAGUAAACAGACGCCUCUCUAUGUCUGAGGAGAACAGAAAGGUGACAUGUAGGACAGAGGAGCAGCCGUAUCCUGAUCACCCAGAGAGAUUUGAGGGCUGGGGACAGGUGCUGUGUAGAGAGGGUCUGACUGGGCGCUGUUACUGGGAGGUAGAGUGGAGUGGAAGAGGGGCUGAUAUAGGAGUGACAUAUAAAGGAAUCAACAGGAGAGGAGAGGUUAAGGAAUGUUGGCUUGGAUACAAUGACAAGUCCUGGAGUCUGUACUGCUGUGACAACCGUUACAUUGCCUGUCACAAUAAUAAUCCCACUACCAUAGACGUCCCCCCCUCCAGCUGCUACAGAGUAGGAGUUUAUCUGGACUGGUCAGGCGGCACUCUGUCCUUCUACAGAGUCUCCUCUGACACACUGACCCACCUGAUCACAUUCACCUCCACAUUCACUGAGCCCCUCUAUCCAGGGUUUAGGGUUUAUGAUGAUUCCUUUGGAAUUUCGGACUCCUCAGUGUCCCUGUGCCAGUGAUACACACACACACUGACACACUCACACACAGACACACACACACUGACACACUCACACACAGACACACACACACUGGACACACACACACACACAACGAACACAAACAGACACACACACACACUUACAAUGGACACAUGCACACACAAACACACACUGGAUACACACAUUGGACACAUAUAUUGGACACACACACACAUUAGACACACGCUCUAGUGCACACACACGCACACACACACACACUGGACACACACAGACACACAAACUGACACUCACACAAACACAUAGUGGACACAUAGUGGCCUGUUAAAUCAGUUUCUGGACCACAGGUUCUAGAACAGCUUCUAUCCCAGUUCUAUCUGCCUGUUAAAUCAGUUUCUGGACCACAGGUUUUAGAACAGCUUCUAUCCCAGUUCUAUCUGCCUGUUAAAUCUGUUUCUGGACCACAGGUUCUAAAACAGCUUCUAUCCCAGCUCUAUCUGCCUGUUAAAUCAGUUUCUGGACCACAGGUUCUAGAACAGCUUCUAUCCCAGUUCUAUAUGCCUGUUAAAUCAGUUUCUGGACCACAGGUUCUAGAACAGCUUCUAUCCCAGUUCUAUAUGCCUGUUAAAU